AUGUCGGCAACACUUCGCCCGUAUUUACAAGCCGUCAGGCGAACCCUGGAAGCGGCAAUAUGUCUGGUCAACUUCAACUCACAAGUGGUGGAGCGGCACAACAAGCCGGAGAUUGAGUUGCGUUCCAGUAAAGAAUUGCUACUUAACUCUGUGAUUAUUUCACGCAAUGAGCGAGAACGUGUGCUGAUUGAGUCCAGCAUCAACUCGGUCCGAAUUUCCAUUGCAAUCAAACAGGCGGACGACAUUGAAAGUAUUCUGGCUCACAAGUUCACUCGCUUCAUGAUGAUGCGUGCCGACAACUUUGUGAUACUUCGUCGGAAGCCGGUGAAAAACUACGACAUUUCCUUCUUGAUCACCAACUUUCACACUGAAUCCAUGUACCGGUACAAGCUAAUUGACUUUAUUAUUCAUUUUAUGGAAGAAAUCGACAAGGAAAUUAACGAGAUGAAGCUGGCCAUCAAUGCUCGAGCGCGUAUAACUGCGGAGGAGUUCUUAAAGAAGUUCUGA